CCCUCUCAGAACAUGGGAACAAAACAGACUCACAUCAGUGCAGUCCAGCAGGCCAGCUUCCUGCUGAGAGCAGCUCUGCUCUCCGUCCUGCUGUGCGGCCCUCAGCACGUGUCCUCAGACUCAGACGAGGCCGUCCUGACUGAGUGGCAGAUCUGGAAGACCAGCCAUGGCGUCUCCUAUGAAGAGAUGGACGACAUGCAAAGGAGGGCCAUCUGGGAGCAGAACAAACAGAUGAUUGAAGACAACAAUCAAGGGUUCUUCAUGGGGAUGAGGCCGUUCACUAUGGCCAUGAAUAAAUAUGGAGACCUGACGAGACAAGAGUACCACGUUUUGCAAGGUGCCGUGAUCGACUCCCAAUUUGUGAAGAGAGGGAAGACCGUCUCGGCCAGGAGGCUGCGUAACAAUGCUAAGAAGUACGACACUUUGUUUGUGGACUACAGGAAAAAGGGUUAUGUCACUGAGGUGAAAGACCAGGGUUACUGUGGCUCGUGCUGGGCCUUCAGCACUACAGGAGCUAUUGAGGGACAAAUAUACAAGAGGACAGGUCAGCUUGUAUCUCUGAGUGAACAAAACCUGGUGGACUGCUCCAGAUCUUAUGGUACCUAUGGCUGCAAUGGUGCCUGGAUGGCCAACGCCUACGACUAUGUGAUCAGCAAUGGGCUGCAGUCGACCAGCACCUACCCAUACACCUCAGUGGACACCCAGCCCUGUUACUACGACAGCAGACUUGCAGUUGCACAUAUCAGAGACUACAGGUUCAUACCCAAAGGAGAUGAGCAGGCUCUGGCUGAUGCCGUGGCAACUAUCGGGCCAAUCACAGUAGCUGUUGAUGCAGAUCAUGCAAGCUUCUUGUUCUACAGCUCAGGAAUAUACGAUGAGCCCAACUGUAACCCGAACAAUCUGAGUCACGCGGUGCUGCUGGUUGGCUACGGCUCUGAGGGAGGCCAAGACUACUGGAUCAUCAAAAACAGGUCAGAGAACCCCUCCCUCCAUAUAAUAACAUGGGUUGAUUUUGUUGAACACUACAUUUCGAAUAUAAAUCAUAUGUACACGUUUCUUGUAUUUUCUUUUAAUAUGAAUCCCUGUUUUUGUUCUUGUUUUUUUUUUUUAGUUGGGGAAGCAGUUGGGGCGAAAGCGGCUACAUGCGAAUGAUCAGAGACGGCAGAAACACAUGUGGCAUUGCGAGCUACGCCUUGUACCCUGUCCUAUGAUUCUGAUCAGAUGCCUCAGUUGUGUUUUAAUGAUAAACUCACUGGAGUGUCGGAGGACCUCAAACAGCAUCAGACAUUACUGAUACAGCCCAUUUUAUCCAUAUUUUUGAACCUCCUAAUGAAAUUUAUGGAGGAUGGAAACUACCAAAAUAAAAAAAAAAAGAAAUGUAAUCAUCAAUAAAU